UGGCGUACGAGCGCCGUUGCUGUGCUGUGCUAGCAACAACUGGGUAAUGUGCAACCCCAGAUCCAGCUGAAACACCACCUUAAAAUAAUUAUUACUAGGCUAACUACACGCGUUUUGUACACAGCUAAGCCUGAGCCAACAUGCCUCCGAAGAAACCCGCCCAGGCCGCGGGGAAUAAAAAAACUCAAGAGAAGAAAAAGGAAAAGAUAAUUGAGGACAAGACAUUUGGCUUGAAGAACAAAAAAGGGGCCAAACAGCAGAAGUACAUCAAGAACGUCACUCAGCAAGUGAAAUAUGGACAACAAAGUGCAAGACAGAUUGCCCAGGCUGAGGCAGAAAAGACCACUAAGAGAGCAGAUAAGAAGAAAGAGUUGGACGAACUCAAUGAACUGUUUAAACCUGUAGUUGCUGCCCAGAAAGUCAGCAAAGGUGUCGACCCAAAGUCAGUGCUGUGUGCAUUCUUUAAGCAGGGCCAGUGCACUAAAGGUGACAAGUGCAAGUUCAGCCAUGAUUUGUCAAUGGAGAGGAAAUGUGAGAAGAGAAGUGUCUAUGUGGAUGAAAGAGAUGAAGACCUGGAGAAAGACACAAUGGAGAACUGGGAUGAGAAGAAGCUGGAGGAGGUGGUCAACAAAAAACACGGGGAAGCUGAGAAGAAGAAAGCCAAAACACAAAUUGUGUGUAAGUACUUCUUGGAGGCCAUAGAGAAUAAUAAGUAUGGCUGGUUCUGGGUGUGUCCAGCGGGGGGCGAUAGCUGCAUGUACCGACAUGCCCUGCCACCUGGCUUUGUACUGAAAAAGGACAAGAAGAAGGAGGAGAAAGAGGAGGAAAUUUCGUUGGAGGAACUGAUAGAAAAUGAGCGUGCAGCUCUGGGUCCCAACGUGACUCGGAUCACCCUGGAGACGUUCCUGGCUUGGAAGAAGAGGAAAAGGCAGGAGAAGGUGGACAAAGCGAGGGAGGAGAUGGAGAAGAAGAAGGCUGAUUUUAAGGCUGGAAAAUCACUAGUAGUGAGCGGCCGCGAGGUGUUCGAGUUCCGUCCGGAGCUGGUCGACGAUGACGAUGCUGAAGCCGAUGACACUAAAUAUGCCAGCGAUGAAGACGAAAAUGAUGAGGAAGAGAUUGAUACAACAGAAGUCCAGGACAUAGACUUAUCUCGUUUUGUUCCACAAGAGGUCGACAAUACAGGCAUUACCGUAGCAUCCAUGGACCGCUUCGCCUCUAGGAGUAAGAGUAAACCAACAGAUGACAAUGAGGAGCAGCUGAACGGAGCUUGCGGUGGCGCUGAGGCCAACGGGCUUUCAGGAGCAGAGGGAGGAGGGGAGGACGGAGGAGGGGAGGAUAGAGAGGAGGUGGUGGAAGAGGAGGAGGAGGAAGAAGAGGAGGUACCGGUGGACGAGAACCUAUUCACAGGUGAAGAUCUGGAGGAACUCGAUGAGGAGCUCAACACACUGGCGCUGGAAGAUUGAGGGGGGUGGGGGUGGGGGGGUGAGAUGUGGAGGUUAGGACGGACUACGUGACAAAGGAAUGGACAGAUGGAUGCAUGGAGCUAAACAACAGAGACCAGAUGUUUGAAUGAUUUUAAAUUUCAGAGACUCCAGUAAUAAAGCCUGACUAUAUCAUGACAUCACUGCCUGUCUCUGCCCCGUUUUCUGUAUCGCCCCCUCUCACAUCCCACCGCAUCCUAGACUUUAUGUCCAUGAGGUGUCCAAAUCUCCACAGCAGGGCCAGUUAGGGUUAACCAGGGCCAACUCCACAUGAAUGUUGCUUGUCACAGUUUCUAUUCUAAGAGAAUUUGGCUGCUGUAGUUGUGCACUUUUUGUUGCUCAACGCUGGCUUUCGUUGAAACUGAAAUUACUUUUGAUAAAUUAGGCUUCAGGUUCUUCUCUACCUGAUCAGUUAAAUAUUGAAUGUGGUGAUUUGCUGAGUGAGACAGUACAAGGGUGUAAAAAUUAAAGCACUAUACCUCUGAGCUAAAAAAUAACAUUGCUGAUGGAUGUUUAAACUAGCUUUUGUAAACUGAGGGAAAUGAACAGGAGUGAUUCUGUUGUAAGAAACUGAAUCUGUUCAGGGCUUCACUCACCCUCCUACCAAAAUAAAAGCUGUAGUAUGAGGAUAUUAGCACUUUGAGCAUUCUAGUGGAGAUUGUUUUCCCUCAACAAAUCCAUCAUGUCAUUUAGCUGAAGUUAAAGCUCUGUUGAAAAUUCUUGUGUUAUGGAAAACUCAUUUAACUUUCUGAAGGAAAAAAGUCCAGUCCUCGCUUCUAAAAUGUCAGCGGUGUUUGAGACCAGAUUAGUGGUAUAAUUCAUCCCCAGCAGGGAAACCAAAUGAUCCCAUUGCCAGCCCAGUAUUGUAAAUAUUGUUCUCAUGAGUUGCCUCCUGAAGAAAUAAAAUAUCACUGUACAUUCA